GCUUUCAAAAGAUUAUGGCAUGAGCGAUAUUACGCAGCCUGCUGCCAUGUGAAGAGCAUCUGAGGACUGUAGCGUCACAUCCUGUGUGCAAGCAUCUUCUGUGCGCAGAUCCUCAUUCAUUGCGCUCUUCAUGUAAACACUGAUGCUCGCUCGGCGUCCGUCAUUUAGCAACGAGGAGCGUGCGUUCGGGUUAUUAUUACACCACUGGACCACAGCGAAGCCGCCGCUUUACUGAAGCAUGUAGCGAGGACGCGUCUGUGAGGUCGCCGCUGCACAUCGCGUUCCGUCACGUGCUGGUAAAUCCGUCGCGUUUCGUCGCGCACCGAUCAGAUUGCGAUCUGUUGGCUAAUAAAGCGGGACGCGGUCGUGGAAUGACGCCAUUGCGCGACAUCUCUCCGCGCAGCAGCUGAUGUUUGAUGGACGCUGAGCGCCGUGAAGGAUGAAGAACCGCGAAUAUCAGCAGAUAGAUCCGCAGGCGCUCGCGACGCCUCCGCCGCGACCUCUGCCCGAGCACAAGCCCAAACGUGUCCGGAGAAAAUGGGAGGUGUUUCCCGGGAAAAACCGCUUCUGCUGUGACGGACGCAUCAUCGUGGCGCGUCAGAGCGGCGUGCUGCCGCUCACUCUGGGGCUCAUCCUGCUCACCAGCGGACUCUUCUUCAUAUUCGACUGCCCGUUCCUGGUGAAGCACCUCACCAGCUGCAUCCCGGCCAUCGGAGGGGUCCUGUUUGUGUUUGUGGUCAUCUCUCUCCUCCAGACCAGCUUCACGGAUCCGGGGAUUCUGCCCCGGGCCACACCAGAGGAGGCCGCAGACAUCGAGAAACAGAUCGACAACCCGACGGGCUCGUCCUCAUCUUACCGCCCCCCGCCGCGCACGAAGGAGGUCGUCAUCAAUCAGCAGGUGGUUAAACUCAAGUACUGCUUCACCUGCAAGAUCUUCCGGCCGCCGCGCACCUCCCACUGCAGCCUGUGUGACAACUGUGUGGAGCGCUUCGAUCAUCACUGCCCCUGGGUCGGCAACUGUGUGGGAAAACGAAACUAUCGCUUCUUCUACACCUUCAUCGUCUCACUGUCUUUCCUCACGGCCUUCAUCUUCGCUUGUGUAACCACACACCUGGCUCUAAGGUCACAAGGAGGAAAUGGGUUGGUUUUCGCUCUCCAAGCGAGUCCUGCCAGUGCUCUUGAGUUAGUGGUUUGCUUCUUUUCAGUUUGGUCCAUUUUGGGCCUCUCAGGCUUCCAUACAUACCUGGUGGCUGCAAAUCUUACUACCAAUGAGGAUAUUAAAGGCUCCUGGUCAGGGAAAAGUGGAAAUGAGGACGUUGGAAAUCCUUACAGUUACAACAGCAUUAUCAAAAACUGCUGUUCUGUGCUCUGUGGACCCAUGCCACCCAGUUUGAUUGACAGGCGAGGUUUUGUGCCCGCCGAUGACUCCGUCCAGACCAGUCCUGUGGAAAUCGAACUCCCGGCUGCUAAAAACGACAUAAACAUGGUAGGAAGAGCAAUUUAUUUGUGCACACAGGGAACCAAAGGUCUGCUGGAAACGGCUUCUCGAUCUCCUCUCCUCACAAGCUCCUGUCCGCAGGCCAAACCUCAAGCCGUGCCGGCCGUCUUGGAGACUCUUCCAGAGAUCGUCCCGUCACCUGCCCCGGAGCUGCCCAAGACCGCUGGAGGACACCAGUCGACCAACACCCCUCACAAACAUCACUCACACCACAGAUCCAAGGCAAAACAAACCACUCACAACCCCACCCACAAGACCUCCAACUCCUCUCCAAGACCUCAUCACAGCCACAGUUCAAGACGGAAAGACUCCAAGAACAGAGACCCAAAAUUCAGUUCUCUGCGCUGAGCAAUGUCCUGUGAUGGUGGAUGUUAAUGCAUUUCUUGGAUUAUUUGAAUUUGUGCUCAUGAGAUUGAUUGAUUAAUUGAUUCAUCGAGUUUUGGUUGUGACUUCAAACAAACAGGUAUGAUAUUCCCAGAAAGACCUCCAGGUUUACGAAACUGCCGGCUGUAUUAUUCUUCUGUAGAGGAAUGCCAUCAACUCUGCAACCUGGAGAGCAAAUAAGAAGUAUGGACUUCCGUUAACAGAUUGAUGACUGGAAAACUUUGCACAGUGUUUCCAUAUAAACAAGCACAAAGGUCUCAAGAGUGAACUGCAGAGCAAUUGCCUUUAAGACAAUUGUCAAUAUUAACAGUGAGUUCCAAAAUGAGCUUCAUCGGGACAGCAAUAAUGGAACAAGAGCACUGUCGUCCUCGCUGUGGACAUGAACUCUGGGAUCCAUUUCUCUGGCCUCUUUUAGGUCUCAUUGGGGAUGCAUUGGUCAAGCUUCAAUAAGCAAAGAACCAAUCUUCUUUAUGCAAAAAAUAAGAGCAUGCCUGGAGAAUAUAGCUCACAAUCAUUCUUCAUCCGUCAUAGGGCUGCACGAUGAAUUGUAUUAUAAUCAUGAUAAUUUCUGCCCCUCUCGAAUUUUUGAAAAUUGCCCCUCUUCGAAAAAAUCUGCGCUAUUUGCUCACUGGUAAUUUGCCCUGAAAACGUUUGUUUAAUUUGUCAUUUGCGUUAUCGUACAUUGGUAUCAAGACUCCACUAUCGUUCAUUGUUGCGGUUGCCAGAUGUCAAGAGUUUAAAUCCCCCCAAUCAUAGCUCUUUUCAUGAACUGAUACAUUUUCUGUCCAGUGGUUUACUUAAUCAGUGUUGCCAACUUAGCGACUUUGUCACUAGAUUUAUCAACUUUUCAGACCUUAUUAGUGACUUUUUUCAAAAGUCAAUGCAUUUCUAUUACAGAUUUGCACAAAUCUUUUGCGAUAUUUAUAAAUGUCGAUAAAAAACUGUUGCGAAAUGACAGUGUUUCCAUUAACCAAUGCUAUGUGACUAAAACAUAAUUGUUUGCUCUCGCGAUAAGUUGUGGCGACGGAUGUUAAUAGCUUUAUGUAUAUCGUAGCCACCGCACUAGCCAUUAUUAUUAGGAGACAGAGGCGUAAACCCUUUAUGCUUGAGAGUGGCCACAUAUGAGGCCUUUCUUGGAGGUUAUAGUACAUCAAAGGAGUUUUGCGAAAUAUUGUUCCAAUUGCCUGAAAAAUCACCUCAUGCGAGCGUAUAAACUUUUUUUGUGAUACAUGGAUACACAAGUUUUUGCGAAAUCGACGUGUUUCCAUUGAGCAUAUUUUCAAUUUGCACAAUUUGACGGGUAAUGGAAACGCGGCUAGUAGCGACAAACCAAGUGAUUUUUUUGGACAGACUUUAGCUACUUUCCGAGACUACUUUCAAUUGAAAAUCUUCCCAACUAGGCAACCAUUCACACACGCUUUCUCUACCUUACGGAAAAAGCACCUUUGAGCUAAAAACACCAGUUUAGCCAUCUCUGUUGAGAUAUUCUGCUCAAAUAAAAGUUGUUUUCUUUCACGCGGUAGUUUGGCUGUUUGCAGCAACUAAAUCUGCAAGGAAACCAUUUGAGUUGACAUUCUCUUGAUUUGUGCUGAAUGAAAGUGCAAUAAUUCUGAUGAAAUGUAAAAAAGAGAAAAAGACAAUAGUCGUGAUAAUAUUUUUGAGUAAAAUAAUCGCGAUCAACCAUUUCACCAUUACCAUGCAGCCCUGAUCCAUCAUGUGGAACAAGAAUCUUCUCACCAGUAAUUCAUUAUUUUCCCAAAGGACUUCAGCAUGAUUUUGUAACAUAUUGUGUUUGAACAUGGUAUUAAGUGUGCACAAGUACCUUCUAAUGUGGAUGAAAUGAAGCCUCCGAGUUCCCUGAUCACCGUGUUGAAGAUCUAGUUGAAAAGUUAACUAGUUAAUCUGAGUGUUUCUCUCUAAACCUCGUCACGUCUGCUGUUCUUCACGUUGCAUUCCUGACCCACUGCUGUCUAUCGGUAAUUAGUAAAAGAACAGUCUUAAUGCACUAACUCUCAAAGCAGCAAUACUGUAAUGUUUUAGUUCUUCAUCGUUGGACUCAUGUAUGCGUGGACACUUUGUGUUCGAUUGGAAAUGGGAAUGUGGGUGUUGUAUUGUUAUCCAGGUUUUGACUUAAUAUGCAAACUGAAUGUUAUUUAUGAAUGCUGAAAUUGAUCCUCUGUUUCUCAAGACCUCUGCAACAUUUGCACAAAUAAAUACAAAGUACUAACAGGCCAGUCUGGAGUUUGUCAUGCAUUCUGCUGCCUCAUAAACGUCAGACGUGGUGCACAUACAUUUUCUAGUGUGCUUCUGAGUGCCAGAACAUGUGUGAAGGUUGUUAUUUCAUUACCAUUUUAGAGGAAAUUGUACUUGGCAAUUCUGAUAUUCAGGACUUAUGGAUUUAAAAGUGUACUAGAGCUAUGAUCAGAACAGAAUACUGGC